AUGAAUUAAAUUCAAUAAGAGAUCACUAUGAUUCCAACCAAAACUUUUAAGAAUGCACAAUGGAUUUCAAAAUCUUUGAGUGUAAACAAACGAAAAAGUCCCAAUUAUCCAUGUAAAAGAUGGGGACAUACGGCCGUGUUACACGACAAAUAUAUGUAUGUUUUCAGUGGUUGUGGGAAAUCUGAUAAUCCCAGAUAGUGGGAACAAAUAUAUAGAAUGGAUUGCGUUACAUUUUAAUGGGAAAGAUUGAAUUCACCAUCUUUGAAGCAUCCUCCCGGGAGAGACUCUCAUUGUUGUGUAUGUUUAUAAAAUAAGCUGUAUUUUUUUGGUGGAUCCAGCAAUGAAUUGAUUCUUGGGGAUUUUUGGAGCUUUGAUAUUGAGACUUCUGAAUGGACAGAAAUACAGGUACCAAAAGAUAUGGAGGGUAGAGAAGGGCAUUCCAUGGUGGCUUUGUCAUCAAGAUUGAUAUACAUCUAUGGCGGAUGGGAUUAAGUGCAAAAUAUAAUGACAGAAUCUCAUUGGUUAUAUGAUAUAAAAACAAACAAGUUUUAAUAAGUGACACAUUUUACAGGGGAUGAGAUGAUUAAAUUAGAGAGUCACACUGCUAAUAAAAUCGGGGAUAGCGUUUAUGUCUUUGGAGGGUAAGGUCAGUAGUCGAAUAAGCAAUUAGUAUUUCAUAAAGAUUUGUAUAAACUAGAUUUUGAAAAUAUGAAUGAUUUGCAUUCAAAAUUUGAUUAAUUGGACUCUGGAGAUGAUAAGGGUUAGAAUAUAGAUAAUAAUACUGUAAUCAAGAUUGAGAAGAUCAAGGCAAAUGGAUCUCAAUAGCCAACUCCAAGAGCUUCUCAUUCUGCAGUUGCUUAUGGAGAGAGAUUCUUAUUUGUCAUUGGAGGAGAAGGGUAAGAAUAAGUAACAAAUCAAUUUUAGAUAUUAAUAUGACUAAUAGAAGGAUAACGAAGAGGAGGCAAUUGAACAGGAUUAAGAUGACGAUUAAAAUAUUGAUGAGGAAGAGAAGCCAAUAUUUCCGAAAAAUGAUAUUUGGAUAUUUGAAACAUUCAUGAGAGUAUGCAAUUGAAAUUAGUUUAUUAGACUUGGAGCAAAUUGUAGCCAAAAUCUAAAACUCCAGUGUUCCAACCGAGGUUUUCACAUAGUUGUAUAGUGUAUAAGGAUUAGUUUAUAAUAUUCGGAGGGUUGAGAAGUAUGGGGGAAGUGUUGGAAGACAUCAUGGUAUUGCAUUUAAAGGAUAGUGAAACUAAUGUUCAGAAAUACUCAAGGGAUGAGAUGAAGAAUGUUUGUAAGUAUUGCCAAUUGAUCUACGGUAUUCAGUAAGAAGAGGAAAUAUCAUUUCAUAAAGCAACAGAGAGUAGUGCAGUAAAACUACCCAAGUUAUCUUUGACAUUCGUAGAUGAGUAAUAUUAUAUUUAAUUGAUUAAUAGAGUUUCUAAACUGAUUCAGUGUCCUAUGUCUUGUUUUGGGCUCUUUUUGGACAACGUAAAAUUAUCAGAGGCUGCUGAAGUCAAUUUUGAAUAUGUGUUCUUAUAAAGAAAGAGGAAAUAUUCAAAUACUGUUGAUGAAAUAAGGGAUAAGAUACCAGUGUUGAUAAUCUUUGAGAAAGACCCUAGAGAAUUAGAUGAUUUGAAUGAUUUCCUAUUUAAUUUUGAUAUUUCCAAAAAGAAAAGCAAGGUGAUUAAUUAGGACUUGGACUUGAAAAAUGAAAGUGAGUAAAACCAAGCUCUUGAGGAGUAACAACUACUCAAUAAGAAGUAAUAUGCAUUAAAUUUAAAAAUUGCAUCAUUGCGACUGGGAGAUAGUGUGCUAAUCUGUCAUAAAUCCUAGAACAAUUAUUAUGUUGGGUUGAUAUCGAUGAACAAUCAACUAAAUCCUAAUGAUGAGACCUUGACCUUCUAUAAUUACACGAUGACUAUUGCGAAUGGGACUGAAAGGAAGAUUGACUCGCCUGAGAGCAAAUAUGUGUUAUUAAAUGCGAUUACUCAUUUAAUUAGUGAGGAGGACUUCAUACUGAACUGCAAUUUCAAUUAUACCAAAAUCUUCAUCUUCGAUUUAGCUAGGAUACAUGCUUUAUAAAAGAUAUUUGAACUUAGUUUAUUUAAUGAUGAUAUAAUCUCGAAUUAAUCAUUAGCAUUUGAAUUGAAGAAGGACGAGGCAAUUAAGCAUCCAGAUUUCUCUUUGAAGGAGUAUCUCAAAUAUUAUUCAUUGGAACACUUACCUUUUAGAGUUACUGUGUAGAAUCAAUUGAUAAACACGAAUCUUAAUGUGAUAAGUCGAAUAGAGAAUAAGCACAAGGUUUCUGUGACAAACGAAAAAGUAGUAGUCAAAUUAAAUGAAUGGGCAGAGUCUUAUCAACUAGGCAGACUGACAUAAAAUAACUUUGGGAUCCUUCUGUAUUAUUAAGGGAGACUGAUCAAUAGGUAUAGAAAGCAAUUAGGGAUCUAUCCAGGAGUUCUUGAACAAAGCGGAUAUGUGAACAUUUCAAAGAUUGUUAAACCGAAUAUGACAUCUGAAGUAAGUAGUGCGAAUUAUGUUAGGGAUUUAAGAAUUCAUACUUGGCGUCUAUCUUACUAUAAACUCUGGAAGCAUUGGAGGAAGAAUGCGAACCAGAGAGAAGAAAGGAAAUUAAAAUUUGA